ACUAUAUUGUUACUGAUUAAUUGCGAUAUUAUCACGGGAAUAAUCCAUCCUAAUAGAACCAAUAGAGAAAAACGUUAUAUGGUGUAUCUCACAAAAGCACUACAAUCAGAACAGGCAUAUGACAAUUGGAUAUGUGGUGGUGCAAUUGUGUCCCCUGACUUUAUAUUGACAUCCGCUGCCUGCGUAAAAGACGUACAGUUCAUGUAUGCAAUUUCUGGAUAUGAAAGAUACGUCAAAUCUGGCACAAGAACAUUUAAUAAUGAUCCUUGUAUAAUGCACAGUAAGAAGAAAAUUGUUUUCACUUGCGUACCAAAAGAAUACAAUUUCGACUACGCCAAAUUCGAGAAUUGGGCUAACAUAGAUAUAGCUUUAGCGAAAGUGGAAUCACCCUACAAUUUUGAGAAAGAAAUAUCAUCAUCCUGUACCUGGGUACCACUGACGAUUGAAAUAAGCUAUAAUUUUAAACACAUGGAACCAGGAACUGAUGCAUAUGUACUUGGAUGGGGAAGUUCCUCCACUUGGAGAAGUGUCAAUGACACGAACGAUUACAAUACAGAUUUUUUACAAUAUUCGCCAGUAUUAAUUCAAAGUAAACAACAAUGUAAAAAAUACUAUCAGGCGUUGCCAUCAUUAUUGGAAGUAAUAGAUAAAUAUAUGAUAUGUUCUAUGGGUGGCGGUAAUUUAGAUGACGUUGGCAGGAUUAUAAAUAAAACACCUCCGUCCGGAAAUGGGUGUUUACCUAAUAUGAAUAUGUGCACUCCAGGUGAGGUAGAUUCUUAUUACGAUACAAAACCUGAUAGUUAUGCCUAUAUACAUCAUCAAGCAAGAAAAAGUAUGCCCGGCGAUGACCCAAAUAUCAAUUCAAUUAAUGAAUCUAGUGCGAUGUAUAGUUCCUACAGUUACACAUUUACGCACAUGAAUCUCAAUGAUAAAGUCAAUCACUCUAGAUCUGAGAAAAAUAUUCAAAAUGAAGAUAACAUAGUAAACAAUUCUCCAUUCGUAACCAUUCCUACAAGGCGACAUGGAAUCUGUCAGAACGACCAUGGCGGCCCAUUAAUUACAUGGGUGGGUGGCAAGGAGAUCCUUAUUGGGGUAGCCUCAGUGUUUUUGUUGCGAAACAAAUCUUGUAUAGGGCCUUACCUCUACACCAGCACAAAUUGCAACGGUGCAUUUCUUAGCUGCAUCCUUAAAACUGCCGAAAAGGAAUACAGUUUAAGAUACCUUGACGAAGACGGCAUACCAAAGCCGUACAAUGCCAACGUACCAGAGUGGUUCAAUCCUGCAGUCUGCAGCAUGACACCUCGCCAACGCGGAUUUGAUAUUGAUAGAAGAACAAUUUCGUGGAUUGGCCAUCCGGAUGGUCCAGCGGCCAACGAGUUGGUGCCAGAGGUAGAGUUUUUCGAAAGGCAACAGAUUCCACUAUAUAAUUUUACCAAAUAUUCGAUGAACAACUGAAAAUCCUGUCUUCGACAGCGAAUAUAGGACAUUCAACG